AUGUCAUCGAACAAUGCUGGUUCUCGACUUUAUGGUGAUGAAGACCCCUUUCCUAUUGUGAAUUCAGAUGAAGAAGAGUCAACUAUGGUAGUUGCUGGAACCAAGAAAAAAAUGAAGAGGCUCAUGAAGAUCUCUGAGAGGGAGAAGAAAAAGAAGGCAGAUGUGCUCUUCUUGAAGUCAACGGCGCAAGAAGAGAAUACCAUGCCUCCUGAAAUGGAGAAAACUAGUGCCCCCCUCACAGCCGAAAGGGCCGCCACUCCCCAAAUAGAAGUAAACCCAAGCACCAAUGUACCUAUUGUGGACAAAGGGAAGGGCCCGCUCGAGGAGGAAGCAACCAUUAUGCCAUCCAAGGGAGGACCAACUGUGGCAUUUCAUACUUUUGGCGAUCCUCCGACCAUUAAAUGCCCCUUGUUGAAAGAGUUUGUUGCGCAACUAACAGCGACCGACAGCGUGAGGCUUGUAAGUGGCAUGGCGGCAGCUAUCGAGGAGGUCAAUCUGGCGGCCACAGAGUACAGUGCUCACAGAGUAGCUGUUGCAGGCUUAAGAGGCUUAGCAGAGAUAGACCCAUCAAGGCCAAAUGUGAAGCUGCCUUUAUGGGAAGCUCUGUGCGACGCCCUCGUUAAGAUGGGUUCUCCUGAAGAUAUGGCCGUGUUCCCCGGUGAUCCCGCCGUAGUCUUGUCCAAGGGUCCAAGAGAUGAGGAGCCGAUUCCUGAGGUGUCGGAUGAGUAUAUCGGCAUCGAGCUUGAGGAAGAAGAUGAUGAGGCUUCGGGGAAAGACGUGUCUGACGCUGGCAACUCUGGGCAGAAGAACACCGGAGAGGUAUCUCUGAGUCAUCCCAAGGAUGGUUCUGCUGGGCAAGAUGCUGAUAGUUGGUCAGUCCAUCGGAUUCAUCUCAUGAUUUUGUCAGAGGAACAAUCCAGGGAAUAUCCUCUAUACUCGAUGAUUAGCGAGAUUAUGAGAAGUCACGCAGAUGUCCAUAGUAUCGAGACAGUACUGAACUUAGAAGCGGACCUUCUCGAUGCUAUGCGGGUGCGCAAUGUGAAAGUCAACCAGCAUCUGAUUAAGGAAAUAAAAGAACUCCGCGCAGAAAUUCAACGACGAGAUUGUCAGAAAGAUAAAGAUUUCAGUGAUUCUCUAACUUUUGAGACAGACAUUCAUGAUGAGCUGGUUGCUCUGGAAAAAGAAAAUGCCCGGUUGAAACAGGGCAAACAGAUUACCGUGUUGCCAUGGUUUCUCGAGAAGCAUAAGGUCCUUGCUCGAGUGCAGCACAUGAUUUCAAUAAGAAUGCGUCGAUUUAUUUUGGCCAUGGACAUGUUGAAGGAAAGAACUUGUGAAGCUAAGCUUCUGAUGAAAUACAUAAGCAAGCUUCAGAACUUACUGCUGGACCAUAGCGUCGACUUCCUACCCUUCGAGAAGCUCGAGGAGCUGACAGAUCCAAGAACCAGGAGCUCUUGA